GGAAGUAAAGUCAAUCAUGAUGCAGGAAUUUAUGGAAUGACAAAUAUUCAUAUGGUUGGAAAAAGUCUAAUUAAUAAAGGAGCAAUAUUGAGAGGAGAUUUACAAACUAUCAAGAUUGGAAAAUUAACAAUAAUUGGAGAAAAUGCAAUUAUUAGACCACCAACUGCAAAUUAUGGAAUGGAAUUGAUGCAAGAUAUAGGAGCUUAUUUACAAUUGUCAAUCGGAGAUCAUGUUUAUAUUGGAGAUAAUUCUGUUGUACAGGCAGCUGCUAUUGGUUCAUUUGUGUACAUUGGCAAAAAUUGUGUUAUUGGAGAAAGAUGUAUUCUAAGCGAUUGUUGUAGAGUUGAGGAUAAUUCUGUUGUUGCUUCUGAUACUGUUAUUCCUACCUUUACUUCAUUUUCUGGAAAUCCAGCCUUAAUGACUGAUUCUGAUUUACCUGAAUCAACAGAAAUAACCAUGAAAGAAUUGACAACCAAACUUUAUAUUCAAUAUUCUCCAAAAAUUAUUUGA